AUGGAAUUACACUACACCAAAAGCAAAUCUCCUGUCUUAUCAGAAAACGAUGUCGUUUCUUCACUAGUUCUUACCACCGCCGUGAGGAGCUCAAUGGCGAGGAGGCGCGAGCGACGUUCACCGGCGACGGAGGAUUCGGAACGGCGGAAGAACCGAGACGAGACGAAAUCGCGAGAUGGUCAGGUCGGAGAGCCAGAAUCCGAUCGGAGGCUCAUCGCCAUUUUCGUGAUCUUCUUCAUCGCUAUUCCCGCUGUUUCGAUGGUCGUAUACAAAGUCAAAUUCGCUGAUCGAGUCGUCGUCCAAACGGAAUCAACAAUACGUCACAAGGGACUCGUUAAAACCGAUAUUCAUUUCCAAGAAAUCCUCACUGAACAUUCCAAGGCUUCAGAGAAUUCGUCAACUAGACACUAUGAUUAUCCAGUGUUAGCUUACAUUACGCCAUGGAACUCUAAAGGCUAUGAUAUCGCAAAGACAUUCAACUCCAAGUUUACGCAUUUAUCACCGGUAUGGUACGAUCUCAAGAGCCAAGGGAAUGGAUUGGUUUUGGAAGGGAGACAUAAUGCUGAUAAGGGAUGGAUCCAAGAGCUUCGAUCAAGAGGAAAUGCGAUGAUAUUGCCAAGAGUUGUUUUAGAAGCUAUUCCUGGGGAGCUGCUUAGAAAAAAGAAACUAAGGGCAAAAGCUAUCAACCUUAUUGUCACUGAGUGCAAGGAAUUAGAAUAUGAUGGUAUCGUGCUAGAGUCUUGGUCAAGGUGGGCAGCUUAUGGCGUUUUGCAUGACCCGGACAUGAGGAAAAUGGCACUGCAAUUCGUUAAACAACUUGGAGAUGCUCUUCACUCCACGAGCUCACCGAGGAAUAACCAGCAACAUAUGCAGUUCAUGUAUGUGGUUGGUCCACCUCGUUCAGAGAAGCUUCAAAUGUACGAUUUUGGACCUGAAGAUCUUCAUUUCUUGAAAGAUUCGGUCGACGGGUUCUCUCUAAUGACCUACGAUUUCUCAAGCUCCCAGAACCCUGGCCCUAAUGCUCCUCUCAAGUGGAUAGAUCUCACCCUCAAGCUCCUACUUGGUUCAUCCAACAACAUAGACACAAACCUGGCAAGAAAAGUUCUUCUUGGUAUCAACUUCUACGGCAACGAUUUUGUAAUCUCUGGAGAUUCAGGAGGCGGAGGAGCAAUCACCGGAAGGGAUUACCUCUCGCUGCUCGAGAAACACAAGCCAGCUAUACACUGGGAUAAAGAGAGCGGCGAGCAUCUUUUCAUGUAUAGAGAUGAUAAGAAGAUGAAGCAUGCUGUCUUCUAUCCUACACUGAUCUCAAUCCUUGUACGCCUUGAGAAUGCUCGUCUCUGGGGUAUCGGCAUUUCCAUCUGGGAAAUCGGACAAGGUUUAGAUUAUUUCUUUGAUCUUUUGUAA